GGAGUACGAGUAGGCGAAACCGAAAUGAGCCCCGUUCAAAAGUAUGAGACAGGAUUUUGACGAGACGAGAAAAAGAAUCACGAACAAUACAAGAGAAAGAGUCGAAGAAACGAGAAAAUUCAAAGCAAACCAAGGCUAUGAUGAGACUGACAGAAAAAGAAAAACCAAGAGACGUUUCUCUGCGUCACUGAAUAUUUUCGUCUUUAUCAUUUCCUGUGUCGUUCCGCAGAGGAAUUAGGACUCUAGUCGUGGUGCAAAACUCGCGAAGCGACCACACAACUGUGGCUCUGUUAGUACAGUUUCGGCUCUUGUUUUUGCGCACUCAACACGUAAUUAGGCAAUGCCAAACAUGAGUUUCGCGCACCACACCCAGUCCGUGCCGCUCGGGGCUGCUGGUUCGAAGCCAUCAAGCAAGUUCGAGGACGACGCCGCGCCGGAUAGUGACCAGCGACCCCCGAGCAGUAGUGCCUCCUCCUCCCCGGGCUACACGCAACGGUGUGAGCACUGCGGCGCCAUCACGGGCGCCUUUCACUUGUGCCAGCAAAUGACGGCGCUGGAGCUGAAAAAGGGCCUUGAGUCUGGGAAUAUGCGCUACAUGAACGGCUUGCUCCAGACGAAGCCAGAGGGGGCAAACGCACUGCACCGACGGCAAGUUGCCGAGGGCCAGAGGCCCGCAGUGGCGGUGAUCGGGUGCGCGGAUAGUCGGUGCAAUCCGCAAGGUGUCUGUGAUGCGUGCGAGGGGGAGAUGUUCACGACCAGAACCGCUGGAAACUAUGUGGGAACCAGUGUGGGCGGCAGCGUAUACUAAUGUUUUCAUGGACUGAUUGUGGUAUGCAGAUGCACACCCACAUCCACGUGCGUUUGAGUCGCACAACUUCAGUGUUGCAUUUUUUGUCUCUCUCAAAUUUCGCGGUCGCAAGCGUGAUUCAUUUUGGAAAAACUACCUUCUACAGAUCCAGUACGCCUGCCAGCACCUGGGUACCAAAUUUGUUUUGGUCAUGGGCCACACGAAGUGCGGGGCAAUCGCGGCUGCCUCAGCACCGCGUCCGGCGGGUUCGACUUCGCCCACUUCGCGCUCCUCGCCCGUGAACUCCAGCAGGCCGCGACUACGCGUAAACAGCGAAGACAGUCUGAACGGAGGUACGCCGAGCCUUCCGUCGGAGCCUUCAGAAGUUAGUGUCACGCGGCUCACCCGCACAAGGUCGCAGACGGAGGCGCUGCCGGGCCAGGACCCGCUGAAAAUGUUGAUCGACUGGAUUCGCCGCUCGCUGGAAAACGACGGUGAGUGGUUCGGCUGCUACCCGGUAAUCGACGAUAUGAAAUGUAAAAAUGUCUGGGUCUGGAAGAAUGUGAACUUGUCAUGCAGGUUUUCCAGGACUUUUUAGGUCUGGAAUGCGGGACCUAGCAUGACGGAGGCUGUGCGGUCUCUUUCAUGCCUAUUCUGCAUGAGAAUGAGAAACUGCCUCUGCCCUUCAAGGCCACACCGAAACUCCACCUUGCUCGCGGGCUUGGAUGGUAAGGGGGUUCUGCCACACGUAGCGCCCACUGGCCGUAGUUACGCGUAAGCAAUCGAUAGCGGUUUUGCGGAUGCGGCCGGGUGGUAGUUAGGACGUGGAGCGAGUAUCCACCUAGGGGUGUUGGCAGAGGCUAAAUCUGUUCUAACGCCCAGGCAUUGGCAGAGGCUAAAUCUGUUCUAACGCCAACCCGCCAGGAGUCAAAUGGUUACUACUACUAACUUGUUCAAAAGUGGACCUCUUUUGGUAAUCAGGCAACACAGAUUUCUGCAUGAUUCGGAUUUAGCAUGACAAGUUGCAAUCUUCCAGACCCAGACAUUUUUGCAAUCCAUAGACGACUGUGACAAGCAACUCAGCCUGGUGCAACGGAAGUUGGAGCCGGAGAACCUCGUGUGUCGCAACGUGGUGGAACAGUUGGGAAUUUUGAAGAACAUCCUCCACGACUGUCCGGAAGUCGCGAUCGUCGGGAGUAUUUUCGAACUGGAGACCGGCCGCGUCACCAUUCUCGACGACUAUGUGCAAAUGGGGGAACUGAAGUCCUUCACGCGGGACGAGGAAAUUCUGAUCCAAAGGGGAGGCGGCACGACCUCAACGUCUUACAACUAUUAGCAGGGAUGGGAGCUGCGAGACGAAGGCCGCCGUGGCGUCGUCAAUUUCGUGUAACAAAUAAUGAUGGUCGGAGCUGCGACUCCUGCGACAAGAUGAACAGAAGGUGGAUAGUCUAUUCGCUCCACAAUCGCUAUUCUUGCGUCGAUACUGUUCUUUACAAUAUGACAACAUCAGUGUCGACGCCGAGGAACGUUGAAACACACCAAAUGAGACCUAGUGAAAGUCAUUUCUUCAGCGGUAAUCUCGUAUAUGAUAAUGAUAAUGAUUUUGAUUUCCGAAACCUACCGCAACCCGGAAGAUUACGAUUGCUCCUGCGUUUGUCCUACCAAGACCACUGCAAGCGUUGUUGGCCUUGUUUGACGGAACAUGAAGCGGUUUUACUGCACAACGUUUCUGGUGCAGAAGAAAAAGAGAAGAGAAAAUCCUUGAAAACGGCGUUUCUAGAGUUUCCGCGACAUGUGAAUUUAAUGCCCCGAUAUCCAUACCCCAACUCGCGCCCAUCCAUCACUCACACACCACCGCGACCACCCGACAAAACUGUACCUUUUUUGUUUCUUGCUCCGAUUUGGCAUAUGAUCAAGAUGAACCGACCUGUGCAGAAC